AUGACAAAAAAAUCAGAAAAAAUAUUUACUAUUGAAUCUGUCAUACACAGUAAUUAGUUUUUUUGUAGGGACAUGUUUCCAUAAUUGUUGCAUGUUAAUUAGUAGUUUCUAUGUUUUUGUGAUAAAACAGUUCAUAAACUCAUAGUGGUUAAGUCUUUCUUUAUUUCCUAUUCUUGACAUAAUUUGAAGAAUUGGUUUGAGUUGAAAUUUUUUAGAGUAUUCAUUCAUUCUCUUGUUUUUUGAGAAGAGAAUUUUUAUGUAUGAUAAGGAAUUCAGCUGAAAUUUUUCAAGUGUUGAAAUGGAAGGUAGAGGGUUUUCUGGUUUAUUCAAGAAUUCAAGUGAAGAGUUGUUUUUGAAGACAGUGAUGGAGAGUCCUAUCGGUAUGCCGGUACCUACCAUGGAUAUGAUAGGCUUCAAGACUGUUUCACAAAGCUUUCGCGCAGAUAGCGAGGAGCUUUUCAAACGCUGGCUAACAACUGAUCAAGAGGGAUAUAAUUCAACAAGCAUGGGACUUAACAGUCGAUUAUCGAAAAGAAUAUCCACUGAAAUAGUUAAUAUGUCUAAUCAGCAACAUGUUGGUGUCGCUUCAGACGGAAGAAACAAUGAUAAAUCAUGCAUACAAAAUAACUUUUUGGCAAAUGAUGUUUCAGAUGAUUUCAAUUUUCCAAUCCGAGAUCCUGUUGAUAGAGAAUUGCAAUCUAGUAACUUGUUUCUAGCCAAGGCCUGGUUUCUUACCGAUCAAAGGAUGACAAGAAGCCGGUCUUCUGAAUUGCGGCGAAGGUAUACCGAAAUGCAAAAUACUCAAGUCCCACAAGGAUUGGAUUCGAUGUUCAUCGCUCCUAAGCACGAUACUAACACUAUAAAAGAAGAACUUGCAACUUUCAAUGGUUUCGAUUACCUAUCUAUGUGUGAGUUACCAAGCCAAAACCAAAAGGGCUCAUUCAUGUCUCAAUCAAACUCGUCUUCAUCUACCUUCAACACACAUCAAUUGGUCGAUGUAGAUAAAGUUUCAUCUUGUGUAAGUAUGCUAAAAGGUACAUUGCAGCGAAAGAGACUCGAAUGCCAUGUCGAAAAAGCUGCAGAAGAGGGCUUAAAUGAAAUUUUUUGUAUUCGAGAACCUCUAUUCGAAUCUGAUUUUAACGAAGGACAUGAAAAUUGGAGUCAACAAAAUCUAGUAAAUGUUCAAGGAGAUUUUACUGAUCAAGUUAAGGAUUCUGGAGUCAUGCAAACACUUGAAGGAACCACAAACUUUGUCUUAGAUGGUUUUGCAAAUCAAAUGAACCAAAUACACGGAGGAACAGCUUCCGGAGAACCUUCUCAAAGUGAAUCAUCUGCUGCUGCACCAGUACUGUCAUCUGGUUUAGAUGCCUGUGAAGGUCCUAGCAACUCGAAUCAAACACUUUGUGAUAGCUCGUGGAAACAAGCGGGCGAAAGCACUCAAAAUAGAGCCAAAGGUGUCAGAGAACAAAUAAUCGAUAAUCUGAAAGAUGACAGAAAGAAGAGAAGUCUUGAAAGAUAUGGAUCUAUAACAUCAGCUGUUUCAGAUGACAAGUUAGACCCUACAAAAAAGCGAAGGGUGGAGCGCUCAAGAAAAAUGGCUGAGGCAAAGGAAAGAAAUUUGACACCAACAAUCCCUUCAGAUAUGCAAGCUGUCUUGAAGCGAUGUGAAAACCUUGAGAAGGAAGUUCGAUCACUAAAGCUUAAUCUGUCCUUCAUGAAUAGGAAGGAUUCUGAACAAACAAAGCAGAUAGAGGACCUUCAGAAGCAGAAUGAAGACUUGACAGAUGAAAAGGAGCGCCUCCUCGAAGAGAUUGAAAGAAUUCUAGCAGAAUCUGGAAAGAUUUAAUGUUUUAUUUCCCUAUUAUAUCCUUAUACUCCUAAAAAAAACAGUUCUUAGACAAGCCAAAAAUCUUAUCACAGGUAACUUGUGGAUGAAACAAUGAACCUAUAGAGACUAAUGGCAAAAUAUAAAUGCAUGGAAUCUUUCAGUUAUUAGUAUGA